AUGGGCACUAAAAGGAAGCCUGCUGGUUUGGGGGAGGACAAUGAGCCCCCGAGGGCCUCCCCGAAGCCGGUGUUCCGUGUGGACGACACCACGCCCGAGGUGGUGCAGAGCGUCCUGCUGGAGCGGGGCUGGAGCCGCUUCAACGGCCGCUCGCAGGACGGGGAUGACUGGGACCUCUACUGGAGGACGCCGCCCUUCCCGGUCACCAAGCACGUCAGCCUGCAGCCCUGGCAGCAGCUGAACCACCACCCAGGCACCAGCCGGCUCACACGCAAGGACGACCUGGCCAAGCUCCUGCGGCACAUGCAGGGGGCCCACGGUGCCGGCCUGUACACUUUCAUUCCGCUGACCUUCGUCCUGCCCAAUGAGUACCACAAGUUUGUGGCCGAGUACUCCCGGGAGAUGCUGCGCACCAACCCUGGGUACUGGAUUUGCAAGCCCGCCGAGCUGUCGCGGGGCCGCGGCAUCAGCAUCUUCAGGGACAUCCGGGACCUGGCCUUCGACGACACGUGUGUGGUGCAGAAGUACAUCUGCAACCCGCUGCUGGUCGGCCACUACAAGUGCGACCUCCGCAUCUACGUCUGCGUCACGGCCUUUCAGCCGCUGACCGCCUACAUCUACCAGGAGGGCCUGGUGCGCUUCGCCACGGAGAAGUUCGACCUGCGUAACCUGCGGAGCGACUAUGCGCACCUGACCAACAGCAGCAUCAACAGGUCGGGGCCCUCCUACGGGGCCUGCAAAGAGGUCAUCGGCCGCGGGUGCAAGUGGCUGCUGAGCAGGCUCUUCUCCUACCUGCGCCUCCGCGGCGUCGACGACGGGCUGCUGUGGCGGCAGAUCUGCCGCCUGGCCAUCCUCACCCUGCUGGCCGCCGCCCCGGGCAUCCCCACUGCUGCCAACUGCUUCGAGCUCCUGGGCUUCGACGUGCUGGUGGACGACAGCUUCAAGCCGUGGCUCCUGGAGGUGAACUACAGCCCGGCCCUGACCCAGCACUGCACCACCGACGUCUCCCUGAAAAGAGAACUCAUCCACGACGUCAUCGAGCUGGUCCACGGAGCCGGAGCCCACGUCUGGGGCUGGGCCGGCAACCGCACCUCCAGCGCGGAGGACCAGGGCCACAGGGACAGACCCAGCAAGGGGAGGGGUCCCCUGCCCUGCUGGCCACACCUCCAGGUUGUGGGCAGAGCUUUGUCCCAGGGGGAGCCCUUUGCCAUCAGGGGCAGAGCCAGGGGCACGGGUCCCCAAGCCACACAGGCCUGCAUGCCACGGGAAAGCAUGCCUGAGCAGGACCGGCUCUCCACCUGGACAGAGCUGCCCAGGGCCAAGGCCAGGGUCCGCAGCAGGCUCACCCAGCGCAAGUCCUCUGCCCUGCAGUCACACUCCUGCCGGCCGGCCAGCAGCCCAGGGCCCCCGCCCAGCAACAGCAGCGAGUGCCCCAAGCCCCAAGUGGGCAAUUUCAUCCUCAUCUUCCCCUUCAACAAGGCUACCUUCCAAGCUUCCAGGAAAAGACUCAAUGUCAAGGGCAUCAUGCACGAACUCCAGAAGUUCAUGAGCAAGCAGGAAUGCCUGGUGGCUGAGAGUGGGAUGGACACAAGGGGGACUCUGCGUGCCUUCAAGGGGCUCCACAUGGGCCACCGACCCCGAGAGCUGCUGUAUUCCCACUGA